AUGCUUAUUACCACUGAUCCGGAGCUAUAUAAACGCAUGCACGCUGUGCGAAGUCCUUUUGUUCGGAGCGAAUGGUACACAGCUUUACGACUGCAUCCCACGAGGGACAACAUCACAUCUGUGAUUGAUGAGGGAGUCCACGCGGAUCUUCGCAACCGCAUGUCAACGGGAUACUCGGGGAAAGAAAACUUGCACAUGGAAGAUGAUGUCGAUCACCGCCUGUUACAGCUGUUCGACCUCAUUGACUCGAAAUAUGUCUCGUCGGAGAAGGAUUAUCGCCCAGUCGACAUCUCUCGCCUCUAUUCCUACUUUACUCUGGACGUGAUCUCUAGCAUCGCUUUCGGUCAGGAGUUUGGCUUCCUCAAGAACGAUGACGACCCAUUCGGCUACAUUGACAAUCUUCAAGAGUUCCUCCCCGCCAUCAUUGUCUUCGGCGCAUAUCCAGAACUGCAAAAGAUCCUUCGUCUACCUCUACUCAAACACGUCAUGCCAAAAUCGACGGAUAAACGUGGUCUCGGUCGCGUAAUGGGCUUCGCCAAAGAACGAGUCGACGAACGAUUUGGCGAAAAGCCAGUAGUACGCCACGACAUGCUAGGCUCCUUUAUCAAACGCGGACUUACACAAGAACAAUUGGAAUCGGAGACUCUCACGCAAAUCACAGCUGGAAGCGACAGUACAGCAUCAGCCAUUAGGAUGACAUUACACUUCAUCUCCACCACACCACAUGUACAUUCUCGUCUUGUGGAGGAAUUCAAGACUGCUUUGGCUGCAGGCAAGGUUACCAGACCGGUUAUCCGUGAUGCUGAAGCUCGUGCUUUACCUUACUUGCAAGCUUGUAUCAAGGAAGGUCUGCGGAUGUAUCCUCCGGUCACUGGUUUACUUGCCAAAGCUGUGCCGCCAGAGGGUGCAACUAUCGACGGCAAAUUCGUCAAGGGUGGCACACAGAUUGCCUGGAACUCGUGGGGCAUGCAGCGUGAUAAGGAGAUCUACGGUGUUGAUCCCGAGAUCUUCAGACCUGAACGCUGGCUCCUACGCGACGCUUCAGAAGCCGAGCAAAAGCGCGUGGAGAGAAUGACCGAGACUGUAACUCUGGUGUUUGGUUAUGGCCGCUUUGGGUGUCUUGGAAGAGGUGUUGCGACCAUGGAGUUGAACAAGGGUAUCAUCGAGUCGCUUGUUCGAUACGAGCUCCAACCCGCUAGUCUUUCGAAGCCCUUUGUCGAAAGAUGCGUAGGCUUCUUCCUGCACACUGAAAUGAUGUUCCGCAUAACUCGUCGUCCAGAUGCCGAGUCCGCGGAAGCGAAUGGGGUGCAUACUACUUACGGUGACGUAGCUGCGCUGCCUGGUGCCUAUGACUCCUGA